AUGGCGCAUUUCUACCUGCAAUACCACAGUGCGUUCGAUGGUGCUCAGCAACUGCUAGCAAACUUGGUGGCAGACGAGGCAAGGUUGGAUAAACCCAGAUCCAGUCCCAGAGUAAUAGCCAAUCGACUACAGACCAUUGUCAAGGAUGCUAUGCCCAUCCUUGUAGAAAAUGGCUGGAACAAAGCACCCGUGCUCGGUGAUGCGACAAUCAGAGGGGAUACGCAGUCUCUGACGGUCAUUUGCAUCGAUGAAGCCACUGACCUGUUUUCUCCUGACGACCGUGACGAGUCGUCCGGUCGGUAUAGGCCGUCAAUAUCUUUUCGAGCCUUCCGCAGUGCGCUCAGAAGCUUUAGCCAGAACAAAGUGGGAACAAUGCCGGUGCUUGGACUGCUUCUUGACACGUCGUCCCACAUCACCGACUUUGCGCCACCAGCAUCGACGGACGCGAGCCAGAAAUACCCAACUUUCCACAAACUACUGCGCCCGAUCUACUACCUUGAAACAUGGGAUGUAUUUGCGUCCGACCCUCCCAGCCAGGGGAAGAAGCCUUCCUGGCUGGAAAUUGCAUGCCAGCGCAACGAUGGCAACGACGACUCCAACUUUCUUGCACAUGGGCCGGAUGGCUCGAUCGACCAUCAGGUCUUUAUGGCUCGAUUUGGAAGACCAUUGUGGGCAUCUGUCGUUACGACUGCCACCGACAUGGCAACAGACGCAAAAAUGGGUGACGAAAAGGACCGGAUCUUCCAGCGAGCACUGGACCACAUACGCAGUCUGGCAUACGACAAACUGACUGGCACGACGCCGGACAACUCCAUUGCCCUGCUUUUGUAUCGCCUUCAAUUUCAUGUACAGGACCAUAGGCUUGCGGAGAACCUAGUCGCGCGAUGGAUGCACUAUUUUUCCUACGUGGCCAUGGAUCGCACCUGGGUCUGUACCUGCCAGCCCAGCGAGCCCGUGCUUGCUCUGGCUGCCGCCCAGAAGCUGCUAGACCACAAGACCCGCUGUCGUGCCUUCCGCGACUUUGUUCAGAUGCACCUGCAUGGUGUUCUCCACGCUGGCGAUUGUGGCGAGGUUGUCGCCUCUCUCCUACUCAUCUUUGCUGCCGACGCACAUCUUGACCCUGGCCAUCCGAAGACGGUGUCCCUGUCGGCCUUUCUGACCACGCUCUUGGGUGACAUAAACAAUGGCGACGACAGCGAGUGGGCCGACGGUGAAAUACUGUUAACCCAUUUCAACCGACUUCGCCUACGCGGCAAUCAGUCCCUAACCGCAAAGCACCUCAUUUCCGCCUUUGUCCUCGGUCAAGGUUUCAUCUUGCCCCAAGGUAUGGCGGGGGCCGAUCUCUUGGUGCCCGUCUGGCUGCGUGCUGAACAGCGCAUGGGUGCGCUGCUCGUCCAAGUCAAAAAUCGGGCCAACGGCACGCUCACGAAAACAAUGUGUGCCCAUGCGCGGGGGUCGAUGGAAAUGGCCGAACACGCGCUGCCCUUUUUGAAAACGACAAAGGUCUUUGGUAUGUACAUCUCGCUCCGCGGUAAGCCGGGAAAGGACGGAUCGCCACACGAAUGGUUGCCUUCACGCUCAGGUCGUCUGCCCAUCGUGGUCACCGCCGGCUUCGCUCUAUCUGUCUUCCCGGUCCUGAAGGGGCCGAAACCUGGGGGCUUUGCAGCCAGCGCCAACGUGGAGGACGACAUUGAGCAGAUUCUGCGGCAGCUGCUCAACAAUGUCGGUCAAGUCGUUCUUCCAGACGAUAGAAUCGAAGGAGUCGACUCGAUCCUGUAUACACGGGAGCCGUUGUGA